AACGACUGAGCAGGGAGCGACAGCAGAAAACAUCCAGCCGGCUGAGUGAAGAGACUGUGUGGAUCACGCCCCCCUCUUCUGUCUCAACCUUACGCUCUUUCUUUCUUUCACUAACACCAUUUCACACUCUUUUCCCUUAUUUUCUCUUUUACUUUUUUAGUGUCUUUUCUCAUUCUGUCUCUCUUUGUUUUUGUCUUUCUUCUUGUUUUUUGUGUCUUUGUCUUUCUCUUUGGGGAGAGUGUCUCCACACUUCAACCUCAGGUAGGCAGCUCGACAUCGAGCCCGGAAUACACUCCUUCAGUCUCUAUUCUUCCUUUCUUUCUUCCUUCAUCAUUCACAUCAACAUCCUCCUCCACCUUUUCAUCUUCCGCCUCUAUCUCUCUACUCUCCUCCUGCCUCCACACCCUGCUUCUGAGUGCACUGGAGAGAGUUGCCAGUUGUGCACGGCAAAGGCAGCAAGUGGGAGUGGACCUCCGCGAACUAGCUUGCAAGCGUGUGUGAGUGUGUGUCUGGGAACGUGGAAAGAAAAAGGAGAGGAGGAGGAGGGAGAGAGCAUCAGCACAGUCCUCCCAGUCUCUCCUCUCUUCACGCACACUCCCACUCUGCAUGGAACAAUCACUGCUUCUAAAUGGACAAUUCUUUGGCAACGAUUCACAGUGAAGACAGCAGCUGCUUGUCGCUCCAUUCCACAAUCUCCUACAUGCUGGAUUAAAAUAAAAAAUUGAGGAGAGGAGAGGAACAGGGGGAGAUCUCUAAACAUGAGUGAGGAAGCUAAGGAGAAAGCAGGCGCCGGGAAAGCAGCCCAUCGCAAGAAGAAAGGCAAAAAGUCUGACAGCAAUGCCAGUUACCUGCGAGCUGCCCGGGCGGGGAAUCUUGAAAAAGUCCUUGAUUAUCUCAAGUCUGGGGUUGAGAUCAACAUUUGCAAUCAGAAUGGUCUGAACGCUCUCCAUCUAGCCUCUAAGGAGGGGCAUGUAGAGGUUGUUGCUGAGCUGCUGAAGCUUGAAGCCGCCGUGGAUGCUGCCACAAAGAAAGGAAACACUGCUCUGCACAUAGCCUCGCUGGCUGGCCAAACGGAAGUCGUUAAAGAGCUGGUCACAAAUGGAGCCAACGUCAAUGCACAAUCUCAGAAUGGCUUCACUCCUCUGUACAUGGCUGCCCAGGAGAAUCAUCUGGAGGUGGUACGGUUCCUUCUGGAGCACAGCGCCAGCCAGAGUAUGGCCACUGAGGAUGGCUUCACUCCUCUUGCGGUGGCCCUUCAGCAGGGCCAUGACCAGGUGGUCUCCCUGCUACUGGAGAACGAUACAAAGGGCAAGGUACGUCUACCUGCCCUGCACAUCGCUGCCCGCAAGGACGACACCAAGGCCGCGGCCCUGCUCCUGCAGAACGACCACAAUGCAGACGUUGAGUCUAAGAUGAUGGUGAAUAGAACAACAGAGAGUGGUUUCACCCCCCUCCACAUUGCGGCUCACUAUGGCAACAUUAAUGUAGCCACGCUUCUGCUGAACAGAGGAGCUGCUGUGGACUUCAUGGCUCGGAAUGACAUCACACCACUUCAUGUGGCUUCAAAAAGGGGCAACAGCAACAUGGUCAAGUUGUUGCUGGACAGAGGGUCCAAAAUUGAUGCAAAGACCAAGGAUGGUCUGACACCGCUUCACUGUGGGGCAAGAAGCGGUCACGAGCAGGUGGUAGAAAUCCUACUAGACCGAGGAGCUCCUUUCCUGUCCAAGACCAAGAACGGGCUAUCACCGCUUCACAUGGCCACCCAGGGGGACCACCUGAACUGCGUCCAGCUCCUGCUCCAGCAUGACGUGCCGGUGGAUGACGUCACCAACGACUACCUGACGGCGCUGCACGUUGCUGCCCACUGUGGUCACUACAAGGUGGCCAAGCUCAUCGUGGACAAGAAGGCUAACCCGAAUGCCAAGGCUCUGAAUGGUUUCACUCCGCUUCAUAUUGCCUGCAAGAAGAACAGAGUCAAAGUGAUGGAGCUGUUGCUAAAACAUGGAGCGUCGAUCCAGGCUGUUACUGAGUCUGGCCUGACACCCAUCCAUGUGGCAGCCUUCAUGGGCCAUGAAAACAUAGUUCAUGCACUGACACAGCACGGAGCAUCACCCAAUACGACCAAUGUACGAGGAGAGACAUCUCUCCACAUGGCAGCCAGAGCAGGCCAGGCAGACGUCGUCCGAUACUUGCUCAAAAAUGGAGCCAAGGUGGAGACCAAGUCCAAGGAUGACCAGACAGCGUUGCACAUCUCCAGUCGUCUGGGGAAAGUCGACAUUGUCCAACAGCUGCUGCAGUGCGGCGCCUCUGCCAACGCUGCCACCACCUCAGGCUACACCCCCCUUCACCUGGCUGCCCGCGAAGGACACCAAGACGUUGCUGCCAUACUGCUGGAGAAUGGAGCCUCACUCUCCUCCUCAACUAAGCAGAAAGGGUUCAGUCCCCUGCACGUGGCAGCAAAGUACGGCAAGAUGGAGGUGGCCAGUCUCCUCCUGCAGAAGAGAGCUGAGCCUGAUGCUGCUGGAAAGAGUGGGCUAACUCCACUGCAUGUAGCCGCUCACUACGAUAAUCAAAGAGUGGCACUGCUGCUGCUGGAUCAGGGAGCUUCUCCACACUCUGCCGCCAAGAAUGGCUAUACGCCACUCCACAUCGCUGCCAAAAAGAACCAAAUGGACAUUGGGACCACACUGCUGGAGUACGGCGCCGACACCAAUGCAGUGACCCGGCAAGGCAUCAGCCCCAUUCACCUGGCAGCGCAGGAGGGCAGUGUGGACCUGGUGUCACUGCUGCUGACCAAGAAUGCUAAUGUCAACAUGUGCAAUAAGAGCGGACUUACACCACUUCACUUAGCAGCUCAGGAGGACAAGGUCAAUGUUGCAGAAGUCCUUCUUAACCAUGGGGCUGAUGUCAACCCACAAACAAAGAUGGGUUACACUCCACUGCACGUGGCUUGUCACUAUGGUAACGCAAAGAUGGUAAACUUUCUGCUGCAGAACCAUGCUAGACUCAAUGGCAAAACCAAGAACGGGUACACUCCUCUACACCAAGCAGCUCAGCAGGGCCACACCCACAUCGUCAACCUGCUGCUUCAGCACGGGGCCUCGGCCAACGAGCUCACCAUGAAUGGGAACACUGCCCUAUCCAUUGCCCGUCGUCUUGGAUACAUUUCUGUGGUGGACACUCUGAGGCCCAUGACCGAUGAAAACCUGACCACCAUGAGUGCCUCAGAAAAACACAAAAUCAAUGUCCCAGAAACCAUGAAUGAGUUCCUCGACAUGUCCGACGAUGAAGUCCGGGCCAAUGUGCCAGAAAUUCUCAAUGAGGAGUCUUUCUCAGAUGUUGAUGAAGGCGAGGAUGCUAUGACCGGGGACACGGACAAAUACCUGCGACCACAGGACCUGAAAGAGUUGGGGGAUGACUCUCUCCCACAGGAGGGGUACAUGGGUUUCAGCAUAGGAGCCCGCUCAGCCAGCCUCCGCUCCUUCAGUUCGGAUAGGUCCAACACACUCAACCGGAGCUCCUUUGCACGAGACAGUAUGAUGAUUGAAGAGAUUCUGGCGCCCACUAAGGACACGCACCUGGCUGUGACCAGAGACUACAGCUCAGAGUGUAUGCGGCGCUACAGCUGGACUCCGGACACCAUGGACCACAGCCACAACACUGUGUCCAGCCCCAUUCACUCUGGCCUCUCCUCCCCGCUCCCUCAGUAUGACUCCAGGUUCUUGGUGAGCUUCAUGGUGGAUGCCCGCGGUGGUUCCAUGAGAGGGAGCCGCCACAAUGGCAUGCGCAUCAUCAUCCCACCCAGGAAGUGCACGGCGCCCACGCGCAUCACCUGUCGCCUGGCCAAAAGGCACAAACUGGCGUACCCUCCGCCCAUGGUGGAGGGAGAGGGGCUGGUCAGCCGGCUGGUGGAGGUUGGACCCGCUGGGGCUCAGUUCCUUGGUCCUGUGAUUGUGGAGAUCCCUCAUUUUGGGUCCAUGCGGGGGAAAGAGAGGGAGCUGAUUGUGUUGAGGAGCGACAAUGGUGACACUUGGAAGGAGCACCAGUCUGACGCCCGACCCGAAGACCUCAUUGAGCUGCUUACUGGAAUGGAUGAAGAGCUGGACAGUCCUAUUGAGUUGGAAAAGAAACGCAUUUGCCGCAUCGUCACCAGCGAUUUUCCUCAGUAUUUUGCUGUGGUAUCACGGAUCAAGCAGGAGUCAAACCACAUGGGCCCUGACGGAGGCUUGCUCUCCAGCAGCACCGUGCCCAUGGUCCAGGCCUCAUUCCCGCAAGGGGCGCUCACCAAGAGGAUCCGUGUUGGCCUGCAGGCCCAACCUGUGCCAGAUGACUUGGCGAGGGCGGUCCUUGGGAACAGAGCCACCUUUAGCCCCAUUGUCACUGUAGAGCCCAGGAGGAGGAAGUUCCACAAGCCGAUCACUAUGACGAUCCCUGUCCCACCUCGAUCGGCAGAAGGCCAUCCCAGUGGCCAUCGAGGCGAAUCUGCGCCCUGCCUGCGUCUGCUCUGCAGCAUCACAGGAGGGACGUCCCCUGCUCAGUGGGAGGACAUCACAGGGACCACACCGCUGUCCUUUGUAACUGAUUGCGUCUCCUUCACCACAAAUGUAUCGGCCAGGUUCUGGCUCGCAGACUGUCACCAGAUUCCUGAGACGGUGAGUCUAGCGUCUCAGUUAUACCGGGAGCUGAUCUGCGUGCCGUACCUGGCCAAGUUUGUGGUGUUCGCCAAGAUGAAUGACGCCGUUGAGGCUCGGCUGCGCUGCUUCUGCAUGACAGACGAUAAGGUGGACAAGACCCUUGAGCAGCAGGAGAACUUUGAGGAAGUGGCCCGGAGCAAAGAUAUUGAGGUUCUCGAGGGAAAGCCUAUCCACGUGGACUGCUAUGGUAACCUGUCCCCUCUCACCAAAAGUGGGCAGCAGCUGGUUUUUAACUUCUACUCCUUCAAGGAAAACAGACUUCCUUUCAAUGUGAAGAUCAGAGAUAUGGGCCAGGAGCCAUGUGGACGCCUCUCUUUCCUGAGAGAGCCAAAAUCCAGUAAAGGCCUUCCACAGACUGCCAUAUGCAAUUUGAAUAUCACACUGCCAACCCACAAGAAGGAUAUGGAGUCUGAUCCUGAUGAUGAGACUGAAAAGCCAGAACGACGUCAUACCUUUGCCUCCUUAGCUUUGCGUAAGCGCUACAGCUAUUUGACCGACCCAGCAGCGAAAACAACUGAUCGAAGCUCGCCGAGAACACAGCCUACUAGCUACCCUCACAAACCUGUCUUUUCAACGAGAUCUUAUCAGGCGUGGUCGCCUGUUCCUGUCGCCGUCCCUAGUCAAGCCAAGUCUGGGUUUGGCUCACUCUCCAGUUCGUCAUCCAACACACCAUCUGCCUCUCCAUUAAAGUCUGUCUGGUCCAUCAACUCUGCCUCUCCCAUAAAGACCAACAUCCCCGGAUCACCUGCCUCUUCUGUAAAGUCAGUUAGUGACGUGGCCUCUCCCAUCCGAACUUACAGAACCAUCUCCUCUCCUAUUAAAACUGUAGUCCAGCAAUCCCCGUACCCAGUCCAGGUCAGCCAUAGUCCCCUGGCCUCACCAGGUAAAAGCGCCCCAGAUCCUAUAUCUAUAAAAGGGCUGGCAGCAUUGUCUGCAAGGACGUCCCCUAUAACAGUCUCUGUAGGAGGAAGCCCUCUUCUUGAGAGAACAUCGAUAAGCAUGACCCCACCAACCUCUCCCAAAUCUUCUCUGAGUAUGUUCAGUUUACCCCUGCCAUACAAGACCGUUAUGGGGGGCUCUAGUGGCACAGCAUCUUCCUCCUCUCCCAUAAAAACAGUCCCUGGUCUCUCCUCUGUGCGUUCCUUUGCCCAGGAUGUCACUGGCCCUGCAAGAAAUCUGUUCUCCUCUCUUUCGUCGCCCCUUAAAUCCAACACCCCUCCAAGUGCUGCAGCUCUGAUCAAUGGAACUGUGUCGCCUACACAGUACCGUUCUUCAUCUCCAACAUCUCUUCUCACAAGCAGUCUUCAAGAGAGAAUACAAGCAACCACAAAUGCUGCAACUACAAGUGUUAAUGCAGCCUUUGAUGAGGUUGAAAAAACUUUCAAUUCUUGUUCUGCAGGCUAUGGCACCUUGAAGUCCAUGUCCUCUUCGGCAUCCUCCUCAUAUCAGUCCAUUAGAUCAUCAGCUUCUAAUUCCCUUUAUGUCUCUCUAAGAUCCCCUCCCAAUGCCACAACUCCUGUAACAUCUAGUACAAUGACCGUUCCAGUGUACUCUGUUAUUAAUGUGCUGCCAGAGCCUCAGUUUAAAAGGUUACCUGAGGUGUCCAAGUCAGCUGCUGCCCUUCUGUCCCCGCGAAAGACGGUGCCCGUCGAGGUGAAUACUCAGAUGCAGUCUUCCUUUGCCAGAACUCUUUCCCCUAUCAAAGCACCUCUUUUUUCAGCUGGCCUGAAAUCAAACACCACAUCACCACUGUCAUCCAGCCAAGAGAUUCUGAAGGAUGUAGCCGAAAUGAAAGAGGACUUGAUACGAAUGUCAGCCAUUUUGCAGACAGACCCAAGUUCCACAGCCAGUAAAGGAUUUCAGUCUGAUUCUUCCAAAGAGGUUAGGAUAGAGGACGAGGAGCCAUAUAGGAUUGUGGAGAAAGUAAAACAAGAUUUGGUAAAAGUGAGCGAAAUCCUUACUAAAGAUGCUGUAAAGGAUGGUAGAGUUUCCCUUAAAAGGGGUUCUUUGGAUGACAUACACUUCUCAAAAGUACAAGUUGAACAACCACCAAGCAACUGGAGCUAUCCGCCAAGAUACGAGACUGUAGUUCCUCAAGCCAAAUCAAAAACAAUACCAGACAGAGAUUUCAAUCUCUCCAAAGUGGUUGACUACCUGGCCAAUGAUGUUGGGAGCAGCUCUUUCUCCAAAAUGCAUGACACUAAGCCUAAAGCAGAUGAGGGCAAGAGAGAAGGAGAAGGCAAGGAAAAGCAGAAACGUGUCCUAAAACCCACUAUAGCCGUUCAGGAGCACAAGCUCAAAAUGCCUCCAACAAACAUGCGUUCUUCAGCUUCAGACAAAGAGAUCAGUAAAGUAGCAGAGGCGCUUUUUGGAGCAGACACCAUGCUAGACUCCCCUGACGAUAUCUCGCAUGAACAGGAUAAAAGCCCCCUCUCAGACAGUGGCUUUGAGACCCGGAGUGAAAGGACACCCUCUGCUCCUCAGAGUGCAGAAGGCAUGGGCCCCAAGGCCCUUUUCCAAGAUAUCCCAGUUCCCCCAAUGAUCACUGAAACUAGGACUGAGGUUGUUCAUGUCAUCAGGAGCUAUGAGUCCCCAGAGGAUAAUAAACAACCUGCAAUGGAGGAUGCACAUUCUGUCAGAUACAUUGAUUCAGAUUCUAAAGGGCAUCAAGCUACAAGUCCAGAUCAGAAUAAAAGCUAUUCAAUAAAAGUCAGCCCUGACGAGGAUCCAAUGGGAAAAGGAAUGAGGGUAAAGGAGGAGACUCACAUCACAACCACCACUAGGAUGGUUUACCAUAAACCACCUGGCAAAGAAUCAGCAUCGGAGAGGUGUGAGGAAACCAUGUCUGUGCAUGACAUUAUGAAGGCUUUUCAGUCAGGCAAGGACCCUUCGAGAGAGCUGGCUGGACUGUUUGAACAUAAGUCAGGCAAUGAGGAAACAUCACAAAGAGGCCUCGAAGACAUCAACUCCAAACCUAAGGUUGAAAGAAUAAUUGAAGUUCACAUUGAAAAGGGCAAUAAAACAGAACCAACAGAGGUCAUCAUCAGAGAGACAAAAAACCAUGGAGAGAAGGACAUGUAUUACUAUCCAGGGAAAAGACAGGAAGAGGAGGAGCCUGAGGAAUCACUUCCAGUGUACCUUGACUCCCCUAGAAUUAACACACCCAUGUCACAAGAGGAAGACAGUCGCCCUAGUUCAGCCCAACUCAUUGCAGAUGACUCUUACAGAACACUAAAGCUACUUAGCCAGCAAUCUGUAGAGUACAAUGAGGAUGAAUCAUCAGAGCUUAGGGGAGAAUCUUAUAAUUUUGCAGAGAAAAUGCUACUCUCUGAGAAAUUUGACCAGUCUCAUUCUGACACAGAGGAAUAUCUGAGAGAUAAGUCUCGCUUCCACUCACCAGACCGAAGCAGUCACAGUGAGGGUAGAUCAGUUGGGCCAAUGACAGAGUAUGUCUUUAGGUCAUCGAGAAAUGUGUUCGACAAAUCUGGAAGAGUGGCCAAUGUUGAUGAUAACUUUGACAAAUUGACACUUUUGCAGUAUUCUUCUGAACCUGGUAGCCCAAAGCAAUCAGUUUGGAUGCGUGUGUCAGAUAACACACAGAAUAAGGAAAGAGAACAACUCAUAUAUGAGGACAGAGUGGACAGGACUGUAAAGGAGGCAGAGGAAAAACUCAGUGAGGUAUCUCAAUUCUUUCGUGAUAAAACAGAACAGCUCAACGAUGAGCUCUCGUCUCCAGAGAAGAAAUCUCGAAGACCAGACUUCAGAGAGUCACGAUCAGGGCCAAGUUCUUCACACAGUAGUCCAGAGAGGCCAGCUCAUAGGAAUGGGGGUAGUGGGGAAGAGUGGAGUAAAGAAAGGCUAAGACACAGGUUUAGCUCCAAUGACAGGAAAUGUGCCAGCUUGCCCAGCAGUCCAGAAAGAAGAGUGUUACUUCAAUAUAGUGAUUCUGACUCAAGAAAAGGUGAUGCUAAAUCACAGGGAAGCACAGGUGAAAGCCCUAAAGCAUUUCAAAUGUCAUCCUCCAAAGUCAGUGCAGUGCGGCUAAAGUUUGAGCAAGAGGCUCAAAGGCAAGAUAGAAGUCAUCAGGGUGGCCAAAAUUCAAAUCCUCCUAUCAGGAAACUCCAGGAAAGUAAGCUACCUGUGUAUCAGGUGUUUGCUGGUGCAAACCUUCCAAAAACACCCGACAGUCCAGGAAACCAGAGAAGAUGUCUAGAUAGUGAAACAAAUAAAUUCUCACCCAAACAUGAAACCAGUGGAAAAGAUCAGGAAGAAAAAAAGUUAUUUAAAACAUGGGAGAGCCAAGAUUACGGGAACUAUAAACCCCAAUCUCCCAAACUAUCUCAGUCUUUAAUCCAUGAUUCUAUUACAGAUGGCAAUAAUAGUGAGUCACAAAGACAAGAAACCACCAAGAAAAUAAUCUACACAGAAUUUGUUGUGCGAGAAAGUCCAAAUAGCAAUGAUAGUCUAAAAAAAAACUCGGAAUCACAAAUUCCUGUAAGAAAGCCAUCUAAUUUCUCCGAAAGUCACAAAUCCACUACUUUAAAAUUAGAUGCCUCUGUUGAACCACAUGAGAGGGUGGGGUCUCAUAUACGUACUUUAGCUAGAAAUCGGUUACACAGUAGCUCUGAAUCCAACAAGUCUACUCGAUCACUAGGAAAAACCAUAGACUCAUCAGACAGUAGCCUUUCAAAUGUAGUGUGUAACGGUGUUGACAGUGACCAAGCAGAGUAUUUGGAGGAAGUCACUCCUGUAGUUGUCACAGAGGGUUUCAAAGAUAUUAAACCCUUACCUGUGUAUGUUAGCAUCCAAGUAGGAAAGCAGUAUGAGAAAGAAACAGCCUCAGGGCAGCUGGGCACGUACAAAAAGAUUGUAAGCCAUGAGAGUAGAACAGUGCAAGAGACUAGGGGUGCAUUUUACACUGUCAACCAAAAGCAGUGUCCAUCUCCUCAAGGAAGUCCAGAAGAUGACACUCUAGAACAAGUGACUUUCAUGGACGGCUCUGGGAAAAGUCCUGUUACUCCUGAGACCCCCAGCUCAGAGGAAGUGAGUCUGGCCUCAAGAACACAAGACUCGGUGAUAGGCUUCAUGCCUGGCAUGCCAAGCCCUAUCCCAGAGGAGUCUGAGGAAGAAGAAGGGAAGACCUUUAUCUACAAGGAGCCCUUGAGGGAAAAAUCUAAGUCAGCUUUCUCAGAGAACCACAGUAGAAAACAGGAUGCAGAGAGGCAGAAGUCAAAGGAGAGAAGAGUGGCUUAUAUAGAGUUUCCACCUCCUCCUCCUUUAGAGGCAGAGCAGUCCAAACCUGAGAAAAGGGGGUCGUGUGCUUCUUCUGAGGCAGAGACGGAAAUGAUGGAAGUGAACCUCCAAGAGGAACAUGAUCGGCAUCUCUUAGCCGAGCCGAUCAUCAGGGUCCAGCCUCCAUCCCCUAUCCCCCCGGGAGCUGAUAACAGUGACUCCAGUGACGAUGAGUCUGUCUUCCAUCCCAUCCCUGUCAAAAAGUACACCUUCAAAAUGAAAGAGGAGGGAGAGAAACACCAGAAACCAAAAGAAUCAAAGAAAAACAGAGAUAAUGAGUCUGAGAUCAAUGGUGUUGUAAAGGAGGAGGAUGCUGACUUGGAACAAAAUGGCAAUGACCAGUCAAUCACUGACUGCUCCAUAGCAUCCACUGCUGAGUUCUCCCAUGACACAGAUGCUACUGAAGUAGACUCUUUAGAUGGGUAUGACCUUCAGGAUGAGGAUGAUGGACUGAGCGAAGACCCUAAAACAUCUAGUCUGUCCAAUGAUGGAAAAACAACCGACCGCUCAUUUAGUCAGUCCAAGCUUGAAGUGAUAGAGGAAGAAAAAUGUGAGGAAGGGGGGGAUAAUGGAAAGACUAAACCCGAGACAUCUUCUGCCAGUGGAGAUGAAAAAGAUUAUACUCUUGAAGGAAGACAUCCAGAUAGGCAGACCUUUGCAGAAAACUACUUUGGCUACCAACUUGAAGAGGAGCUGAAUUCAACCUUUAAAACUGUUGCCACCAAAGGCCUAGACUUUGACCCCUGGUCCACCAAAGGGGUUGAUAACGAUGGAGUUUUUGAGUCCAAAACAAAAGAUGAGGAGCCCAAGCCCUUUGGUUUAUCGGUGGAGGACAAAUCACAGGCUACAACACCUGACACAACCCCCGCUCGAACACCGACUGAUGAGAGCACACCGACUAGUGAGCCUAACCCCUUCCCUUUCCACGAAGGGAAGAUGUUUGAGAUGACCCGCAGUGGUGCUAUUGACAUGAGCAAGCGGGACUUUGUUGAAGAGAGGCUUCAGUUUUUCCAGAUUGGUGAGCAUUCCUCUGACCCUAAAACAGGGGAAAAGGGGAGAGGGGGCAAGAUCCUGGGGGUAAUUUCCUCUCAGUCAGGGGAGAGGGCCACUGUAGAUGGCAAGGUUAUAGAUACUACCACAGACAGCAGCACAACACCAGCAGCAACAACUGCAAAAUGCAGCACUGCACAGCCUGGCAGUGACACUGGCUAUACCGGUACUGAUGCCCCCACCUGUGAAGCCAUAGCUGAGACUGCCUCCUCAUGCACAAUCACAGCCUCUAAGGUUGAUCCCAAAUUACGUACUCCUAUUAAGAUGGGCAUAGCUGCCUCUAUAACUGUGAAAAAGGACUCGGGGGAUCUCGCCGAUUAUAAAGCUGAGAUUGCAGAAGGUCAGAUGGUACCAGAAUACAUCAGUUUAGAGGGUCAGUGUACAGAGAGCCAGUCCAGCAUACACACUGAGCCCAAGUUAGAGAAAAGAGAUUACCCUACUGAAAACUUCAACAACAACAAUAACCUUGAGUCGUCCAGUAUUCAGGCCAACUACAUUCAAUGUGGUAGUGUGGUGUUUAAUUUGCAGUCCUCUUCUGAGCCCACUCUUCAAAAAGCUAGCAGGAUAGAAACGCUGUGCUGUAGGGAUUUAGAAGAAAGAGUGGAAGUACACAGCAGUCAAGAACAGGAGCAAAACACUGAAACCAUUAAAGAAAGUGAAGUGAAGCAGCCCAAGUCGAGGCUUCCAGUUAAAGCAUCAGGGUGGUCAUUUCAUACGCAGGGAAGAGCCAUAGGCAAACAGAAGCCCAAACAAGCAGUGACGGUUGAGGUCAGAAAAAGAGGAGAGCCAGCCAUAGCCAAAGUCGAACCCAGGUCUAGAAUACCAAUCAAGGAUAUUAAAAAGAGCAGCACCGUUGCCACAGCUAUCUCACUUGUUUCAGUUCGGGUUACCUCACAGCCAACAAGAGCAUUGGACACAGGGAGAGCAGCCAUACAGUUGCCCUCAAGGCUGCCACUGAAAGACAGGCUUCCAGUCAGCAAUGUCAAAAUUGAGGGAGCAUGUAGACAAGACAGACAGGAGAACCAUAGUGAGGUUUGUAAGCGCACCAUCGAAUACUUUAAAGGCAUUAGCGGGGAGACGCUAAAGUUGGUGGACCGCCUGUCAGACGAGGAGAAAAAGACGCAGACAGAGCAGUCGGAGGAAGACAGCACCUCCCGGAGCACCUCUCUGUCGGACGCCUCCCAGCCUUCCCAGCCCUCCCGCUCAUCCAGGUCUGGUAGAGGUUCGAGGGCUGAGGCCGGGGCCGCGUCCGUAAGGGCAAAGGUGGCGACGACGGACAGGGCCUCCGGCAGUGAGAGGAGCAGGAGGAGUAGGCGGACUGGUGGGAAGGAGGGCAGUCAGGGACUCACAGGGUCUCGAACGCCUCCCAUCGCGGAGAUCAAGCCUAGUCCCCAGAGUCCUUGUGAGCGAACAGACUUACGCAUGGCUAUCGUUGCAGAUCACCUGGGACUCAGUUGGACAGAGUUGGCUCGGGAGAUGAACUUUACAGUGGAUGAGAUCAACCAUGUCAGACUAGAGAACCCCAACUCUCUGACAGCACAAAGCUUCAUGCUACUUAAGAAAUGGGUCAGUCGGGAAGGAAAAAACGCCACAACGGAUGCCUUAACUUCAGUGCUGACCAAAGUCAAUCGGAUGGAUAUUGUGACUUUACUGGAGGGCCCAAUAUUUGACUAUGGUAACAUUUCAGGCACGAGAUGUUUUGCCGAUGAUAACGCUGUUUUCCGGGAUCAGGCUGAUGAUUAUCAGAGCAUUCUAGCAGAGCUGCAGUCCCCCGCCACACUGCACUCCAACCCCCACUUCUUGGAGCCUGAACUCCCUGUCACUCCCAACCCUUCCCUUGCCCAUCACCAGCACCACCAUUACCCAGAACCAGACACCCCUUUGCUGGCUGACUCCCAAACUCAGCCCCUGCCCUGGAGCCCAGAGAUAGAGCCAGGUAGCGGAGAGCCAGACAGCCCCCCUAGGAGCCCCCCCAGACCCUGUGAGCUUGCCCUGUCCGUCCCAGUAUUUGUACUCCCCGAUCCUGUUCCUCCCAAUGUCAGAAAGCCCCACAUUGCUCUGAACGACCAGCUGCUUUCGAGCGAGGAGGAGGACAGGCCUUGUCAAGAAAUGGAGCUGAGCCACAAGCCCAAGUCACACUCCCUCCCUGCAAUGUGUGAGUUACACAUUGACAUGGUUUACUCCACAUCUUCCCCUUCACUCUCAUCAGUAUCAUCAAUAACCCCUUCAUCGCCGGACAGAGCACUACUGGGAGAUGGAGGAGUUCAGAUUGGUUUACAGGAGGAUAUAUGUUUAAAAGAAGGUGAAAUGGAAGUGACAGAAGACAUAGAGAAGGUUGUUAAGAUGGUUGCAGCAGAGUUAGCAGAGGGAAAUGGAUUUGUGGAAAAGUGGGUAGAGCAGCACUUGAUUAAAAAUGUGGAAAAAAAAUGUGAGAUGAUAACAAAAGAUAGGUCUUUGCUGGCAAAGGAGGAUACGAUUUGGGCUGAACAGAAGGAGGGUUCUACAGAGGAAGAACAAGAUGUGAGAAAUGUUGGGAAUAAGGGGGCAGCUUGUGAGGUGGAAGAGGUAAGAGAUGUGCAGAAUCUAUCAGAAGAACAGCAUAAUCUGAUGUAUGAAGGGAAAAAAGGUUGUCCCACAAUAGAAGCAGAGGCUAUCAAAGGGAGAAUUGCUGAAACAGCUGAGGUUCAAAAAUUGAAAGGAGGCAGUGAGGAAAGGGUCUACCAGGGUGACAAGGUGGACAACACAGAUGGACAACUGCAGUUGCAGAAGGAUGACGAAGUGUUGUGUGGCAAUGAAAGAGAUAUUCACGGGACAUCAGAAGAAGACCAGGCAGCCGAGGACAAGGCCGUAGCUCCCCUCUCUCCUCAGGCCUGGGUUGAGGCACUUGGAGAACGUCAGCCCAGUGAGUCUGAAUCUAAUGAGGAAGAGGAGGAGGCAAACAGAGAGAAAGAAAUCAAAGAAGAGGCAUUAGGACCUCUGUUGGAGGAGGAGGUGGAGAAAGAAGAAGGCUCAGAGGAGAAGGAGGAGGACAAAGAGAUGACCAAGGCCAGUGUUCAGGAGAUUCUUGGUCAGGUUGAACAGGCAGAAAAAGAAGUGUGUUCACUUUCAGGUUGGCACAGUGAUUCAUCCAGCGUCAAUGUGGAACCACCAACACCAGGCCGCAGUGUCAGCUCAGACCUGCUCGACAGGCGGGAAAGCCAAGAAAACAUUAGUGACUCCAUCACAUCCUCGUCUAGGGGUGAAUCAGGGAGGUCCCGACAGAACGGCAACAACUCAAAACACUCACCUCAGGACCGCUCAUCGGAAUCUUCAAAUGGCAGAAAGGAAGAGGGAGCACUCGUGUCGGAGAAAAAAGUCCAGCGGGUUAGUGUAGAUUCCGGUUCAGAGGAAGAACAGACUGUAACCACCAGAAUCUUCAGACGUCGUCUCAUUUUAAAGGGAGAACAAGCAAAGAAUAUCCCAGGCGAGUCUGUGACCGAGGAGCACUAUAUGGACCACGAUGGUAACCUUGUCAGUAGAAAAGUGAUCAGGAAGGUUAUUCGGCGGAUAUCUACUCCAACACCAGAAAACCAAGGAGGUGACAGUUGGCAGCGAGACCUUCAGCACAGUCCCGUUCUGCAGGAAGACGGGUCAGAGCAAGGAGUAGGGUCAAGAAAUAGCCGGCGAAAGGAUGACAGAAGAUCAGGGGAUAAAAAGCUCCACUCAUAGGGAUGGUUGUGCUCUACCAGCCAGAUGUACAGGAACCAAGUUGGAUGUUUCCUGGGAAUAAGUGUUCAGAGGGCUAGAAAGCUCCAGUGUGAGGACUUCAGGGUCCAGUCUGCAACUAUCUGCUUCAAACAACCGUUUUCAUGUGAGAGGAGUUGACCCUUCUGAAUGCAUGAGCAUGAAAAACUCACUUCCUGUCAACGAAAGGAUUGGGGGGGUUCUUACUUUCUGACUGGCGAUGGACACGUGGACCAUGAUUCUGCUUCCUCUUUUUGUGUGAAACAAUACGUUCCAUCGGUCCACUGGUGUUGUGAGAGCUUUUUUAAAAGAGCAUCGUUUGUUGUGAAAACGAUAAAAGACUCCGUCACUGACAACCACACAGGUGCAACUGUGACCAAAGAUGGCACAAGAGCUCAAUCCACAUGUUGGGUGGAAAGAGUGAAGUGGAGACAAUAACACACAAAAAAAUCGAAUGGAACACUUCUGAUCCAACUUUAUCACUCGCCUUAUAGUUUUUUCUUGAACCCAUUGUUGUCAGGAUUAAAUUGUUUUGGUUUUUUUUUUUCUUCCUUUUUAAAACUUAAACUAACACAAAAGCUUUUAUUCUGUAUAUAUACAAGUACAAUGUGUACAAUUCUUAACAAACAAAAUAAGCUACCAGUUGAGAACACACUGAGGAGAGUGACCUUUUCAAGUGCUUUCAGAAUUUAUUGAAACGGUUCCACUUUUAAAUAUUUGAGUGUAAUUUCACCGGUUCUUGUAUAAUUCAUUAUAAGAGCAGGUAUAAUGUUUGUACAUGAAAAAGCUGGUUUGAUUUUACCAGAGGAAAUUUCCAGAAAAUCAAAUUUCAGCAAUUCCCAAAGUGGGAAUGGAUCUAGUCCUAUAAAAAGCAGCCUUUCAGAGUACUCAUAUUUUCAUGCAUGCUGUUCACAUUAUUUUAAGUACAAUUUUUACAAGUUUGCAAACAAUGACAAAUAUUGAAAUGAAAAAUAAAACCCUUUAUCUGUGUACACAUUAUAGCCCUAACAUUUGUCACUUAUUUUAUAUUUUAAAUUGAGAAAGGAUACCACUAAAACAUUUAUCAUGUCGGGCUUCUUGAGGGUGUGAUGUCUUGUCUGUAAAACCGGAGGGCAGCUUCUGCUACAAGAACAAAAUAAUCUGAAUGUAAAUGCUAGAAGGCUGGCUCGCUGUAAAAUUAUAACUGUAUUGUCCGUAUUGGCUAUAAGGUGUAGGAGUCUCUGUACACUGUUAGACUGUUUUUAAUCAUUUUAGCAGUGUGUCAAUUUGGUUUUCUAAUGGCUGCUGUGGUAUUAGAGGAAAACUCGGGCAUUUAAUUUUGGAUUUUUUGGUGAUGUAUUUCCUUAAAUUAAAACCUACUCACAUUUGGACACAUAAAUACAUUAUUUGAUUGUAGCUCUAAAUAGCAUAUUGUAUGACAAAACACUGGAUGGUGAAAAACAAUUAUUUAAGCAUUAAAUAAAUUGUGUUUACCUCUGAAACUGUGUGAUCUAUUGAGCCUUGAGAGUCUGUUUAUGCAGUGUCAACUAGAAUUGUUUUCAGUAGCUCAUUGGCAAAAAUUUUACUUUACAUUACGUUAGGAAUUAUCUUUGUAUUGGUUUUAAUUAGAUGCCCAUGUAGUUCAAGUGUGGUGUUCUACUGGUGCGAUGGCUCCGUAUGCUGAUGUCUAUGCUAUAGACAUGACAACUAUGUAACUUUUUUUUUGGGAAGGGGGGGUUAAAUAAGUCAGGUAGGGUGCUGUACCACAUCCUCUUAUACUACUGUAUCAAUAAAGGGGUAGAGGAUCCUUUGAUAUGGUUGAACUAUCAAUUUUGUCAAUUUUGUUUGAUAUGUGUUUUCACCUGAGCAAAUUUUUUGAUGUACAAUUCUUACUAACAGAGUGAAGCCAUUGCAAUGUAACUAUUCUAGCACUUUGGUUAUUCAAGGUCUUUUAGAGGCUAUAGCAGCAAUGAUACCACCACAAAUGUUUCAGACGUCUUUA